AUGAUUAAUAAUAAGCAAUCUCGAAAAAUUCAAGACUUAAAAGCAGAAAAUGAAAAACUCAAGUAUGAAUUGGAUGAUUAUAAAAAUAGAAUUGAACCAAAUUAUAUUAAAAUGGUCGAAUAUCUGGAAUAUCUGGAGACACAAUAUAAUGAAAAUAUCGAGGAUUUAGAAGCACAAUAUAAUGAUCGCUUGGCCAAAUAUCAAAACGAUGCUGAGGAAUAUUACAAUAAUCAAUGUAAAGACUUGGAAAUUAAUUUAACAAGAUAUAAAGAAUUAAUUGAACCGACUUACCUUGGUAAAAUUAAAGAAUUAGAAGAAAAAUUGAAUCAAGAAAACGAAAAACCAACUUGCAUCAAAAAAAUCGAUGAAUUAGAACCAAAAUAUAAAGAAAAAAUCAAAAGUCUAGAAGCACGAUAUAACAGCGUUAUACAUGAUUGUCAACAAGCCGAGGAAAUGUACAAUAAAAAACUUAAAGAAUUAACGACAGAAAUUGAAACUUACAAGGAAACGAUCAAACACUUGGAGGAGGAAAAUAACAAAUUAAAACAAGAAAGAUUAAAUGAUUUAAACAAUUACAUUAAGCAAAAAAUUGAACCACUGUACGAAGAAAAAAUUAGAAAUUUAGAAGCGGGAUAUAAUGAUAAACUUGUUAAAGUUCAAAAAGAAUCUAAAGAGUAUUACUAUAAACAACUUCAAGAUUAUACUCUUACUUUAACGGCUGAGCAAAAAGAAAUUGAAUCAAAAUACAAAGAGAUGGUUGAUAAAUUAAGGCAAGAAAAAGAAAAUUGUUUAAUAGACUUGAAUAAAUACAAGCAAAAAGUUAAACAACUUGAAGAUUUAGCAGAAAAAAAUCAAAACUAUGCUAUUACUUUGAAGGAUGAGCAAAUAGAAAAUGGAUUAAAAUACAAAAUGAUAAUCAAUAAAUUAAACCAAGAAAAAACUCAUUUCCAAAAGAAUUUAGAUAAAUAUAAAGAAAAAAUUAAUAAAUUAGAAAAAGAAUUGUCUCAAAUAAAAGAAGAUAAUUCUUCUUCAUUGUAUCAGUCGGCUUUAGGUGAUUCACCAAUACCUUGCUUUAAUGACGAAGCUUUAAAUAAUUUGGUUAAUUUUACAACUGAUAUAAUUAAUUUACAAAAUAAACUUGAGAAAUAUGUUACCACUCUAAAAGGUUCUAUUGAUAUUAACGUUAAACUAAUUAAAGAGUUAUAUGUAAAAUAUCACGUGAAAUCUCAAAACUAUAAAGAUAAAAUUUUGAUGAAAUCAACUUUGCAACGUUAUAUUUUAGAAAAAGUUCUUGAAUAUGCAGAUGAUUAUUUUAAAAUUAAAGAAAGUGAACUUGGAUUUCCUGAAAUUUACGAAAGAAGAAAACCUCAAUCUCAUCAUCCAUUUAUAUCAUCCACAGCACAAAGACUCAAUCAAUCAAUGGCUAAAUAUCGUUUCAUCAGAGAUGAAAAUAAAAGAAAGUAUACUGAAAAUAUGGCAGAAGAUAUUAUUAAAGACAUUGUAAGGAUAUUCAAAUUCAGUCUAUUGACCCAAGAACCAAAAUGUGAAAUACAUUGGUUUAAAAACGAUGAUAAAAUAAUGCCAAAAUUAAUGAGAGGUCAAUGGGAUGAUGAUUAUUUGGAUGAUUUUGUUGUUGAUAUUUGUUAUUUUCCUUUGAUAGUAACAAUGAAUUCAAAUGACGAUUUCAGUAAAAGUAAAGUGUAUUCUUAUGCAAAAGUUUACCCUCGAAACAUUGCAAUUCCUCAAGAAAAUAAAUUUUAUGAUCUAUCUUUAAACGAGACAUCGGGUAAUAAAUAUAAAAACUCAUCAAGAAAUAGCGGUGAUGAUCUAAUUAACCCUUUAGCGAAGAAAAUAAAUAGAAAAACAUCAAGUGAAGACCAAAAUGCCGCAUCAUCCUCCUUAUCGUCAUCAGAUAAAGUAAUAACGAGUCCACAGGAUACAGCGCUUCAAAUAGUCUUUGCGUAUGAUAAUCUACAAAAUGCAGAUUCUGAUGAAGAUGACAAAAAUUUUAAUGAAGAUAUGAAAGAAAAAGAUGACAAAAAUCUGAGUAGUCGAGUACAAACAACAAUGGCUGUUUAA